AUGCACUUUUUCUGGGAUUUAAUAGAUCCUGAAAAGAAAUAUAGGAAACGUGAUGAAAGUAAACAAAGAGAACGGAUGAGUACCAGUGGAAUACAUCUAAACACAAAUAAACCAACGGGAUUUGUACCGUUACGGAAGGAAAGGAACUCUUAUCCUGGUCCCAGCACUUCUCAUCCGUGUCCUAGAGCAAGUUCCACUCGAAAGUUUGAAGAAAGGAGAGAAUCCAGAGAAUGUGCGAGGCUGAAAGAAGCUUCUAGAAUCCGUCGUGAAAUAUAUAUGAUGUAUGCAUCAGAUGGUACUUUCUCGCAUAUUAAGAUUUAG